AUGGGCAUCUUGUCGCAGUUGUCUACUACAGAUCAGGCUAUGCACCCACGGAGGAUCCUUCCGAGCUGGUAUAUGUCAGUCAUUCGUGGCUAUUUCUUUAUUUUCGUUUUGUUUCGCUACAAGGAAUGGCACGCGAGAUUGCUGCUGGAGCGUUAUAAAAUUCCAUGGAUCUCAUGCCACUUAGCUGGAACCAAAAAAGUGCAACAAGAGCUUGCCAAGCCGAAUGUAUUAGAAAGGAACAACAAAUAUGGCAGCGCCGUGAAAGCGAAGCUACUGGGAGACGGAGGUGCCGGGCUUUCGGCUUAUAUCCUCAUGCAGCGCAUCUUCCCACCGGCGUACACGUCUUAUCCCGUGCGAGGAGGCGAGUGGAGCGCCGAGAAAGCAGUCUCGGAGCUGGGAAUCUUUAGCACAUACCUACAAAUCGCCAACAAGGAUUGUGGCUACUUGCUGAGAACAAAAGCCUCGAAAUCAUGGAAAGGCGUCGCCGCUGGCUUCGCUGUUCUUGACAGCUUUUUGGAAAUAAACAAGUGA